ACCAAGUUCUUUACUACACUACUCUCAAUCAUCAUGUCUGGACGCGGCAAAGGCGGUGGCAAGGUCAAGGGCAAGUCAAAGACCCGCUCCAACAGGGCCGGACUCCAGUUCCCCGUGGGCCGCAUCCACCGACUGCUGAGGAAGGGCAACUACGCCGAGCGCGUGGGAGCCGGUGCGCCGGUCUACCUGGCCGCCGUGAUGGAGUACUUGGCCGCUGAGGUGCUCGAGUUGGCCGGCAACGCCGCCCGCGACAACAAGAAGACGAGGAUCAUCCCCCGUCACCUCCAGCUGGCCAUCCGCAACGACGAGGAGCUGAACAAGCUCCUUUCCGGAGUCACGAUCGCCCAGGGUGGUGUGCUGCCCAACAUCCAGGCGGUUCUUUUGCCCAAGAAGACUGAGAAGAGCUCAUAAGUUCUUUCUUUUUUUGCUCGAACCUUACAAACAAUCGGCCCUUUUCAGGGCCAACAAAUAAUUCAAACGUUUUGGAAUAACUAUUAUAUAAUAGAGCGAGGCAGCAAAUAAAAGCGCUUCAGUAUUUCCAAAAGCUGCAGUUACAAUUCAUUCUCUCGACGCUACCGAAACUAAAUGAUUGCAAAAAUGACUUGGGUUUUUUUAUCGAGAGACAGUGAGUGCUCGUACACAAAAUUCGAAAUAACCUU